AUGUCUGGAACCUUAUUAAUUAAGCCAUUGAGUGCCAAACUAACUCAUGAUACAGAAUCAUUCGGAAGGAUGGAUCCAUUUUGUUUAGUAAGAAUUGGAGGGUAAACUCAAAGAACUAGAUCACACACAGAUGCUGGUAAGUACCCCUCUUGGAAUGAUUCUCUUUCAUUUCGUAGAACUUCAGAACUCAUUGCUGAUAUUGAAGUUUGGGAUAAAGAUGAAGUGAGCAAAAAUGAUUUGAUUGGCCAAGGAUCUUUGGCCCUAUAGAGUUUCUUAACUAAGCCAAACGGAACAGAAUGGGUCAAUUUAAAUUAUAAAGUUUAUGAUUCUAUUAUAUUUAUAGGGUAAAAAGGCCGGAUAGGUAUUGAUUGAAGUUUCCUUUUUCCCUGAUGGAGGUGUUUAACCUCCAAUGAUGCCCGGUUACUAACAACCGUAUUAUCCACCAAACCAACCUUAUCCAUAAUAACCUAUUUAUCCACCAUAACCCAAUUAUCCACCAUAAUAGCCUUAUCCUCCUCAGUAGCCUGGUUAUCCUGUUCAACCUGGAUACCCACAAUAAGGUUAUCCUGCUCAACCUUAUCCACCAUAACCAGGAUAUCCCCCAUAACAACCAGGAUAUCCUCCUUAACCAUACCCACAAUAGCCGGGCUAUCCACCUUAAUAGCCAGGAUAUCCACCUUAAUAGCCGGGAUAUCCAGCCUAGCCAUAUCCUCCUUAAUAAGGUUAUCCACCUCAACCAGGAUAUCCACCACAACCAGGAUACCCACCCUAAUAGCCCGGUUACCCAAGUUAUCCUCAAUAAGGAUAUUAAAAGCCUUUUUGAAAGAUUAUAAAU